AUGACAGUACAAACAACAAUGUUGUCAAGGUUAAUAAGGUACUAUGCUUCCUCUUCUGUCUCUAUUAUUUCCAAAAACAACAACAAAUUGUUUCCUCCUUCUUGUCCUUGUGUUUCAUACCUUCGUUCCUUCUCCUCAAAUUCAACAACAUCCUCUGUUUUUGGAGAAAUUAUAAAAAAUCUCCGAAAUUCUCCCCCAGUUACAACAUCAUCAUCCUCCUCUAAGUCUAACAAUAUUAAUCCUAUGGUUGUUAUCUCAUGCGAGCUUACAGGUAUGGCUGUUUCACAGUUCAAAUCCAUGCUAUCUACUAGUACUAGGGGUCUCUAUUCCAUAUCUGAUUAUAACUACAUUUUAUCUUCCCUUAGCUCCCAGGGUUUGUCUGAUACUAUUCUUAGACUUGGUCGUCUGUGGGACGAAUCCCAAACCCAUAAUAAUGUUUUCCCAAACGUUGAUACUUGGAAAAUCCUCAUCGACUGUCAUUGUGCCACUGGUAACAUGUCCUCGGCUUUCUGUCUAUUCCACAAUAUCAUUAAAGCCGGUCAUCGUCCUACUGCUUCCACUUUGAAUUAUCUUUUACAAGGUUUAUGUGAUAGAGGCCAGAUUUCUAAAGCAAUUAUGUUUUUUAAUUACUCCAUCUUAAAGGGUUUUGAGUUGGACGAUUGUAGUUAUGAUAUUCUAAUUCAUUGUUUAUGUGGGAUAGGAGAAAUUAAAAUGGCCACACACUUGUUGAGACAGCGACCAUGUGAACAUGAUACUGUUACUUGUUUUGUUCGCCUCAUGGUGGUGUAUGCAAAAGUCAUAUCUAGGCUCUGCGAAGAUAGACUUGUAAACGAAGCCUAUGCUUUAUUUUCUGAAAUAGUUGUUAAGAACAAACGAGUUAUGCGUAAUCGUGGCUUGCAUCACCGUCUAAUCUAUGGCUAUUGCAUCACCGGUCAAUUUAAACAAGCAAUUGCCAUGUUUAGAGAAUUGAAGGCAAUAGAAAACAUCAACACAAGUACUUGUAUUCCCACUUUAGAAUUAGGUACAGAACAUGAGGUCAAAGCUGCUAAACGAGCCUUGUGUGUGCUGAUAAAACGUGGUGUCCAACCUCAUCUCGCUAGCUAUCAAUCUGUGGUUGGUGGACUAUACAAAGGUGGAAGAGUUAAGGUUGCAAGAAAAGUGGAAGAGCUGAGUUUGCAAUUUUGCAAACCUUUUCUGGAAUAA